AUGUUCUUCACCUUGAUCAUCAUCAGCGUGGUCCUUGUGGCCGUGAUCUUGUACUUACCUUACGCCAGCGGGUUGACCAAGGUGAAAAUCGAAAGAAAGCCCAAGAACAUUUCCCACAAGCAAGAAGAACCUGCCGUGGAUGAGUAUCAAGGGUACAUUCCACCAGAUGAGCAGGUUGCAAGAAGCGAGAACAAGCCACAUACCUCGAUGAGAGACAGGAUGAACGUAACCUCAGGAGACAUUCCUCUCAGAAUCAGAUUGGACCACGAAUCGUCAGGCUUGAGAAAGAGAAAGGACAAGUUGGACAUCAACCGUGAUCCAAACAGCUACGACUACGAUAUCGACGAAUUGAUAGAGGAGGAAGCACAGGCAGCAAAGCUCGAAAGAGACAGAGAGUUCUACAAGAAUGAAAAGUUGGGUGGGACCAAGGAAGACCAGGUUUAG